ACAUGUCCCUUAGAACUGUAAAAUAGUGACCGACACGCGUCCGGCCUUAUCCAUUUCCCACACAAUUUUCCCUUUAAAUUCUGAAUCCAAACUCUCCAACUGUCUAGUGUAAUUGUUAACCAAAGUUCCCAAUCCAACGUGUUUCCCAAGCUUUUUCUCUCUCUCAAAAUGUCCACCAAUCUCAUCCAUUUUCGGCCCACCCUGAUCGGGCCGCAUGCCACCGGAAACCGAAAGCCCGACUCAGUUACCCGGAAAGGCUCGGCGUCCAAGUGGUGGACCCCCCUAUUCGGGUGGUCCUCCGAACCCGACUACAUUGACUCCCACUCGAAGACCGAGUCCCGGGACAAGGCCGAGAGCGGAGCGGACUCGGGCCCCGACUCGAAGCCGUGGAGAUCUCGGUUCGCGCCUGGUUGCUUCACGGAGGAGAAGGCGAGGCAGCUCCGGAUCAAGACCAUGGAGACGGAGUCGUUUCAUGACGCCAUGUACCACUCGUCAAUCGCCUCCAGGCUGGCCUCCGAUUUCAAGAACCGAUCCGAUCUAUGA